AAUGGACAAACACUGUUAAUGAUUGCAGCACAACAAGGCCAUCUAGCAAUUGUGAAUGAACUUCUUGCUCAUGGAGCCGAUGUAAAUGCUGAAGAUGAGGACAAUUGGUCAGCUUUGACAAAUGCAGCAAAAGCUGGAUUUAAAGAUAUUGUUAUAAAAUUAUUAGAUCAUGGAGCAGAUAUUGAGCAUCGUGACAUGGGUCAAUGGACACCACUUAUGUGGGCAUGUUAUAAAGGCCAUUAUUAUGUUGUAAAAAUACUUUUAGAGCAUGGUGCAAGUGUAAAUAUACUUGAUAAAAAUCAUUGUACACCUCUUAUCUGGGCUGCUGGUAGAGGAUUUUUGGAAAUAGUUGAAGCAUUGCUUGAAAGAGGAGCUAAAGUUUAUUCAACUGAUAAGUAUGGGACUACACCUCUUGUGUGGGCAUGUCGUAAAGGUUAUACUGAAAUUGUUCCACUUUUGCUGGAUGCUGGUGCUAAUGUUGAUACUGCAGGAAUGUUUUCUUGGACUCCACUUCUUGUGGCAACUAAAGGAAACUAUGUUAGCAUAGUUAAUAUGCUCUUAGAGAAGAAACCCAAUGUUAAUGCAGUUGACAUGGAUGGCUGUACGGCAUUAUCCAUUGCAUGUAAAGAAGGUUAUACCGAGAUAGCUAAAGCACUCAUGAAUGCUGGAGCAUACAUCAAUCUUCCUGACAGAAAUGGGGAUACUAACUUAAUUCAUGCUGCAAAAGCUGGUCAUUUUUCUAUUGUUGAUGCUUUAAUAAGGAAGUAUGCAGAUAUAGACUUAGCUGGGGCUGAUGGUAAAACUGCCUUGUAUUGGGCCAUAGAAAAGAGCUAUGUUGACAUUGUGCGACUGCUUUUAAGUGCCAAUCCGAAUUGUGAAAUAGCAACAAAGGAUGGUGAUACUCCUCUACUGAAAGCAACUCGAAAUCGAAGUGCAGAAAUUGUGCAGUUACUAGUUGACAAAAAGUGUCGUGUAUCUGCUGCAGAUAAAAAAGGUGACACAGCACUACAUAUUGCAAUGAGAGCAAGAAGCAAAGCAAUUGUGGAAAUUCUUCUUCGUAAUCCAAAGAACAGUCAGUUACUUUAUAGACCAAACAGAGCUGGGGAAACUCCAUAUAAUAUUGAUACUAAUCAUCAAAAAAGUAUUUUAGCACAAAUUUUUGGAGCUCGACGACUGAAUACUAAUGAAGAUAGUGAAAAUCGACUGGGUUAUGAUCUGUAUAGCAGUGCACUUGCUGACAUUCUUAGUGAACCAUCUUUAUCAAUGCCUAUUUCAGUGGGACUCUAUGCUAAGUGGGGCAGUGGAAAAUCUUUUUUAUUGAAUAAAUUAGAAAAUGAAAUGAAAAGUUUUGCAAUUCAGUGGCUAGAACCUAUGUUUGAAUUCACUCGGUUAGUUUUCCUUAUAAUAUUUAUCUUAUCCCUUAUUUGUGGAUUAAUUAUCUUUCUUUCUACAAAGAUGUGGAUGAUUGGAAUCUACAUUUUUGUUGGCACAUUCAUGUCAUCUGUUAUAUUUCUUGGAGUUGUUAUUUACUGUAAUAAGAACUAUGAUUUAUCCUGGAUGUACAAAGUGAGCUUAUACCUUGCAAAUCAACUGAAUUCUUUGAGAACAUUGUUGUUUGUUAUAUUCUGCAGUCCUCCAGCUAAUAAAAGAAAUGAUCUUACAGAUCCAGUGAGAUUUCUGUUUACUGAACAAACUAAGGUUACUAGCUCUGGUACUGAAAAUUCAGUCUUGCAAAUUAUUAUUUCUUUACAUGUUGCAAUCGAAAAAGAAUAUGGGCUUUUUACAUGCCGUUUAUAUAGGGUCCUGAAACCAAGACCUGUGGCUUCAAAAUGGUGGAAGUACAGGAGAAUUUGCUGUAUUCCAAAUUUCCUAAUUGCUUUUCUUUUAAUUGUAUUUGUGGGUUGCAGUAUUACUUUGGCACUACAGACAGAUGCUGCUGACUUUAGUGCAGACAUUGAUGAACAAACAACAAUUUUUAGAUCCAUUUUUAUUGCUAUGUCCUGUGUUGUACUUUUCGUCAUUUUGUCGAAUCUGUGUAUAUUUUUGCGAAUUAUAAAAAAUUUGGUGUGUUCACAUCAGAGUAGAAUUACUGGCGGUUUCAUGAAAAUGGGCUCAACUAAAGAUGAAAGUUCUGCCAGCUCACUGAAAAAUGAAGUUGAUACUAUUAUUCAGAUGGUUCAGUGUCUUGAUGCAUUUGUUGGCCAGCAAACACGACUUGUGGUUAUUGUAGAUGGACUUGAUAGCUGUGAGCAAGAUAAAGUUCUGUAUAUUUUAGAUGCAGUUCAUACACUUUUUUCAGAUGCAAGUGCUCCAUUUGUAACUGUGUUAGCAAUUGAUCCGCAUAUUGUAAUUAAAGCAAUUGAGUCCAAUAUACACAAAGCUCUUCGAAAGUCUAAUAUUAGUGGCUAUGAAUAUUUGCGCAAUGUGGUUCAUCUGCCAUUUUAUUUGCAAAAUAGUGGUUUGCGUAGGGUGAAAGCUGCCCAGCAGGCUGCAAUGUUAUUUAAUAAAAAAUCUGGUAGUUACUGGAAUGAAGAUCGAGAAUGUGACAGAUCUGUUCCAGCUGUUGCUUCAAAUCGUAAGGCUUCCAAUUCAAGCAUGUCUAUUCCGGAUGCCAUUCGGAAAAGAGGCAAAGGAAAUCAAAAGCUCAAAGCAAGUGAAAGUUUAGCCAGUAGCAUUAGCAACUUACAUCGGGUAGUAACUGGUGCUCAGGAUCUCACAAAAGUGCUGCUGACAGAUGAUUAUUUUAGUGAUGUCAAUCCACGUUCUAUGAGGCGGUUGAUGAAUAUUGUAUAUAUAACAGGUCGCCUGUUAAAAGCAUUUAACAUUGAUUUCAAUUGGUAUCAUUUAGCUUCAUGGGUCAACAUUACAGAACAGUGGCCAUAUCGCACAUCAUGGAUUAUAAUGUAUUAUGAAAUGCAUGAAAAUGAAUUUGAUGAAAUGUUGCCUUUAAAAACUGUCUAUGAGAAAAUCAAAUGUUACAUGCCUGCUUCAAAAGAACAGGAGCCAACUCUUGACUUAGACCACGAUGAAAGAAAAUUUGAAGUUUUUUUAUCCUUCCAUUCCAGUAGUCUACUUAUUAAUGAUCUAAAAGUUUUUCUACCCUUCACAAUUAAUUUGGACCCCUAUAUUAGAAAAGUAAUUCAAGAAACUCACCAGCAAGUUUCAGAAUUUCUUAAAAGUGAUUUGAAACCUUCUAGUCCUCCUCCUAGUAAGCUGGAUGUUCUGAAUGUGAAACUACAUCAACAUCUAACAACACCUCUACAUACUCAGGAUUUUGGACCUUCAGUGCCAUAUGGUACUCAUCCACCUCCUCUGAGUAGAAAAGAUAUAUUUCAGCAUAGUCAUAUGUCUUCUUCUUCUGUAUAUCCUACAGCCCCAUCUCCAUGGUGGAAUUUUUCACCAGAGCAAAUGACUACCCAACAUGCUGUAUAUCAGUCAUCCAAGUCCUCUUCCAUCAUGCUUUUACCUGAUCAGGAGAAGCUCAGCUCAUUAUCUGUGUCAGGUAUUGCUGAUUUAUUAAGAUCACAAGAAAAACUAAACAAGAAAAAACUAGAAAGUUAUAUUCAUGCCAUCGAGGAAAAUAACAUAAAUGGUCAAGUUUUAUUGACUUGUGAUUUGAAAGAACUGAAAGAGACUUUGAAUAUGUCCUUUGGUGACUGGGAACUCUUUCGUGUCUUAAUUCUUACUUUAAGAGAGCAUGAAAUGGGAAAUAUUAAUUUUGCCUAUAAUAAUGAUGAAAAGCACCUUUCAAGUUCUCCUAAUACACUAACAACAAAACAGUCCACUAAUGCUAGGCCUCCUCCAAAUAAUUCACCUGAAGCAAAGAAAAGUGAAAAUCUGCCAGCAAAAAUAUCAAAAAUUGGGUCAGAAAGUGCAGAUGCUUCUAAUGCACCACAAAGAUCUCGCAGUACUGUUUUAGAAAAACAGCCCAUUUGUCCCUACUGGCAACUCAUCUUGAAUGAGGUUACCAUGGAAGAAUCUAUGAUAGUGGGAGCAUUGGAAACAUUAAAUGAAGAAGCACUUGAAGAUGCACUUGAGGAGAAAAGUUUGUUGAACAGAAAACCAUCUGCUCCUGUUAUUGCUGUUGCAAACCCGUUAAGUCCCAUACUUUCAGAUGCAGAAGAAUUGGUACCAGAUGAUAAAUUAGAUGUUGAGCGCAUGCCAAAUGUUGCCAGCACACCAUCUGAUGUGGAUAUCUUGUAUUUAAGAAGUCUUCAGAGUUCUCCUAUGUUGCGUGUGAGUGCUAUAUCAUUAAGUGAUUCCAUGACAGAUAUAGAAACCUCAUCUCUUGGAAAAUCUCAAAAUAUUUCAACAAAUAUGGAAAGUGCUGCAGUAUCAUAUACUAGAACUAAAAGUGAUGAGUAUGAUUCUGCUUCAGUUACAUCAAGCCCUUCUCGGAAACGUGAUGCUGAUAAAGUAAAAUCUAAAAAUGCUGUUCAAAGACCAUCAUCUCUGGUGUAUGAUUCAGUAAAACUCACUUCUGUACCUAGCAGUGUAAAAGGUGAAACUUCUUCAAAAUCUAAAGGUAGGAAAAUCCAAGAGAAAAGCAACUCUUUUAAUCAUUCUACAAAUAAGAUAAAGCAUAUACGAAAAAAAUCUACAUCCAAAUCUGAAUCUUCAGAUAGUUCAACUGAAACAGAAGAUAAGGUACGGUGUACAUCCCAAAAAACCUUACCGACUCCAGUGUCAGAUGCAGAUGGAUUCUAUUCUGAUGAUGAACAUACGCCUCUGGUUUCUCCUUUCCACUUGAGCCGCUCUAGUCAUUAUAAUUUGCAGUCUUCAAAACUAGAAAAAGAAAAUACUCCAGAGAAAUCUAUUCCUAAGCAAGGAAAAUCAGAUUCUGGGCCUCACAGAAAAAUAAGGAAACCACUAGAAAGACAGUUUUCAAUUGACAGCAAUCUUUGUGAUCAUUCAAGGCCACCGCCAUCUUCUACAUCAAUGGUGGAAAUUUCGACACCUCAUAGCACAGCACAGUAUGUUCCAGUAUUACCAGUGUACGGGCAAGAUGUUUCAGAUUCACCAUCACCUGAAAUGUAUCAAGUUGCAUCUGUUCUAGAGAGCCAAGUUCAUAAUGAAACUGUUCUUUGAACUUUACUGUAAAAACUCAACUUAAAAAAUUAAAUGUGAUCUCACUACAGUGUCACAGGGUAGCAAUAUGCAUUUCCUCUAUGUUUAUAAUAAUUUUUUCUAGUAUUUUCUAUGUUAUUAGUUAAUUUGUAAAUGCAUUUUUUUCAUGUUAGUGACUUGCUAUGUUUAUUGCAUGCUCUUUGUUUACUAAAGGUCAGCAUUAACAUCAUGCAUCUAUUUAGAUUGUGCUUUUAGUCAUUUAUUGGUUAAAUAUGAUUACACUAGUCAUUAAUUCAAGAGCAUAGUGCAUACUAAUUUAUUUAAAUUUUCAGGUUUUACAGCAUCGUUAAAUUCAAAACAAUAAAUCAAUAAAUGUGCAUAAAAUGUUUGUCUCAAAAUACUAAGUUUUCUGUUUAGUCAAGAUUUUUAUCAAUUUCAAAAUAUAUAUUCAUAAAUAUGAAAUAAAACUAAGUAUUUUUCUUUCAUAUAUUUUAAUUACAUUGCUCUAUGUAUAAUAUAAAAUCAUUCUAUUUGGAAAAGGUGUAGUUUUUGUUCUGAUAUAAUAAAUUUAAUUGCAUUAUUUUGUAAAUUUAUCCAAAAUUCUGUCUUAAAAUAGUAAUUUUAAAGGUUUUCUUCAGCAUAUUAAAAAAUUUAAUUGUAUGAUUGUGUUAACUUCAUUUUAAAAUAUCUUGCAUACUUACAUGUAUUUUAUAUCUCUAAAACAUCAAAGUAAAAUAUUAAAUUCAGUAAAUGCAUUGUCUGCUCUACAUUAAAUUUUCCCCUUAAUACAGAUAUU